AUGAGGAACAACCUGAUCCUCACCGGUAUCGAGGAGGACAACACUACCGGAAAUGAACCCCCGGCGGUCACCGAGACCAAGCUGCGCGCUUUCCUAAAGGAGAAGCUUAAGCUAGCCAGCGAUGCAGUCGAUGCGAUGCGCCUUGAACGUGUACACCGUUCACCAUCGCAUCCGGUAACAGGGAAGGUGCGUUCUGUGGUGGUUAAGUUUGCCUUCUUCAAGGACCGCGAGGAAGUGAGACGCCAGUGGCCAGAGCUGAAAGGCUCGCCUUAUAAUGUUUUUGAACAGUUUCCUCCGGAGAUUCAGGAGAAACGGCGGCGUCUCGUUCCUAAGAUGAAGGAAGCAAAGAGGGGUGGCAAGAAAGCCUGGAUUGCUUAUGACACGCUGUACAUCGAUGGCCGACCAGUGAGCCAGUAG